AUGGCCGAUAAGGAAGUGAAAGGAGACGAUUCAAAUUUCCAUUAUAUACCAAAUGAAAAACUGAACUGGAAUGAUGCAAAAGAGAGAUGUGCAAAUAUGGGCAUGGAACUUGCAAGAUUUUCUUCAGAGUUGGAAUAUGAAGCCGGUGUAAAUUACAUAACAAAUAUGGGAAGUACUAAUGAUGUUUGGGUUGGAGUGUCAUCUGAUGGCACUACGCCAUAUGAAUAUAAAUGGACGGAUGGUGAACCUACUUUUUGGUUCACCUGGAUAAUAGGUGAACCAAAUUCACAGGAAUCUGAACAGUGUGUCAGGAUUAAGCGUAAUAACAAUUACGGCUACGCAACACGUCAGUGUAGUUUUGAGUUUGACUAUCUGUGUUCAUGUAAGUAG